AUGGCGACCGACCGAGUAGUACUUAUCUCUGCAGCGCCAACUGAGGACGUCACUGUAGCAUCAGACGCCCCACACGAGAACGAAUGGUAUAAUGGUCGAGACUUCGACGGCUACCGCAUCACUGAGCAGCUACUAUACGAACGACGCAAGAUCAGAGUGAUCUGUGUUGGUGCGGGAGCCACAGGCUUGCAAUUCGCUUACAAAGCCGAGCGUGCUCUCAAGGACGUUGAGCUCCAGAUAUACGAGAAAAACAGUGAGCCUGGAGGAACUUGGCUCGAAAACAGGUAUCCUGGAUGCAGUUGUGAUAUUCCAAGUCCUUCGUACCAAUUCACCUGGGCUAAAAACCCAAAUUGGUCGCGAUACUAUUCAGGGGCUGAAGAAAUCUGGAAGUAUCUGAAGGAUGUUGCUGUCAAGUACGACCUCGAGAAGUAUGUUCAGUUCAAGACGACGGUAGAAUCGGCCACUUGGGACGAGGAUGCAGGUCUAUGGAGACUCAGUCUAGUGCGCCCUGAUGGAUCAUACUUCGAGGACAGUUGCAAUAUCUUGGUCAACGGAUCCGGAGUCCUCAACUCGUGGAAGUGGCCCAAAAUACCGGGCCUAGACUUGUUCAAGGGCAAGUUGAUGCACUCUGCUCGAUGGGAUGACAGUUAUGACUUGAAGGAUAAGAGGGUCGCUGUUAUAGGAGGUGGAUCAUCUGCUGUACAGAUCAUACCGUCAAUCCAACCGACUGUCAAGAAGUUGUAUCCCUUUUUAAGGUCUCCAGUCUGGAUCACUACGGGAUUUGGAGCAAAAUAUGCUGGCCCUGGCGGCACCAACUUCACAUACUCAGAAGAGCAGAAGCAAGAAUGGAAGGCAAAUCCCGACAAGUACGCCCAGUACUGCCGCGACAUCGAGGGCGAGCUCAACAAGCGAUUCACACUGAUGCAUCUCAAAGCCCAUGAUCAGAAAACCUCUCGCGAGCUGGUAGCAGACAUCAUGGCAGAGCAACUUGGGCACGAUGAAAAGUUAACCAAGCAUAUGAUUCCGCCAUUUGCUCUCGGUUGCCGACGGAUGACUCCCGGGUCAGGUUACCUACAGUCGUUACGCGCGGACAAUGUCCAGGUGAUCCCAUCCUCAGCAGUGCGUCUCACCGAGACUGGCAUAGUAGAUGAAUCAGGCGAGGAGCGCGAGGUGGAUGUUGUUAUCUGUGCGACUGGCUUCGACACUUCUUUUACGCCGCAUUUUAAAGUGUAUGGUCGCAACAAGGCUGAGAUUCACGAACAAUUUGGAGACUUCCCAGUCGGGUAUCUCGGCAUCACGGCAGAGAAUUUCCCAAACCUAUUCCUGUUGAUAGGGCCUAACGGACCGGCUUCGCAUUCGAGCAUCCUACCGAUAUUAGAGUGGUAUACCAGGUAUAUCUUCCAGGUGAUUGAGAAGAUUCAGACGGAGCGAGUAAAGGCCGUGGAACCCAAAAAGGAAGCCAUCAAGGAUCUGUACAACCACACGCACGAAUUGAUGAAGCGACUGGUGUGGUCGUCGGCUUGUCGAAGCUGGUUCAAGAAUGGGAAGACUCAUGGUCCAGUGACGGCCAUCUAUCCUGGGAGUCGCUUGCAUUUCUUCGAAAUCCUGAAGAAUGUCCGGUGGGAGGACUACAACAUUACCUAUAUGUCUGACAACCGAUUUGCUUUUAUGGGCAACGGAUACACGCAGACCGAAGUCGAUCCAGACGGGGAUCCGGUGUGGUAUUUCGAUGAUGAUUUUGUGAAGAUAUAA